AUGAAAGAAGAUCAAUUAAAAUCUGCAUCAGAAUUAAAUCAAAUUUUAUCUCGAGAAUUAGAACGAACAAGUAAAAUAUUUGAGACAAGUGUAGAACGUCAAUCAACAUCAAAUGGUACAUGUGCAAUUGCAUCAACAUUUCAAUUUAUCAUGGUCCAUAUACAUAUGGAUUUCGAUGUCUCAUGUGAUCAAAUAUAUUAUGAAUGGUUAAGUGACGGAGUUUUACUAUUAGAAAUGGAAAAUUAUACAAUUAUUAUUAAAUCAAUUGAAUAUCCUUCACUUCUUAUUGAUCCAUUUGGACAAUAUGAUCAAUGGAUGGGAAAAUGUUAUAAUCUUCAAAAAAUUCAUUUUGAUAAUCAAUUAAAACAUGAUGUUGUAAUGUCAAUUGAACAAUCAUUUUUAUCUGGUUCAAAAAUUUAUAUAAAAAAUUGUAAUACAUUAGAUAGUCUUCUUUAUCCAUUAGCACAAUGGAAAGCAACAUCACACGAAUCAAAUUCUAAUGAUGAUUCAAAUUUAAUAAUUUAUUAUAGUCGCUGUUUAUAUUGUAAUACAACAUUUCGUUUUUAUUUUCAUACUACUUGCGAUUCACUUGAUAAAGUUUCAUCAUCAUUGUAA